AUGUCUGCUCCUAAAGGUCCCUUCCGCCUGGUUAGUGUCAACACCGCACCCGAGCGCGCCAAGCGCCUCAUCGGCCGCGUCGCCGAGGCUCUGAGCGACCGGUACACUAUCAUCCACGUCGACAACUGUGAGAAAAUUGACGAAGUUGAGGCCAAGGUCAAGCAACACAACCCCGAGGUUCUGUUCAGCGCCUCUAUGUGGUCUGCCGAGGAGGCUCAGCAGAUCCAUCAGAUUGCCCGCUCUGUUCGACCCGACAUCAAGCUUCACGCUAUUCCCCAGGGCUUGCAGGUCGAGCGUGGUCCCGAUGCUAUUGUUGAACAUCUGCUUGAGAAGGUUCCGGUGCUGCUGGACAGCUAG